GCAGUCGAUCCAGAGCCUCCAGCAAGCAGCAGCUGCACACAGUGAAGAGGGAGCAGACAGGAAGCAGGAGGCCAGCUGCACGCCCAGGAAAAUAGAACUUCUGCCCUCAGAGGAGUCAAAGAGGAAGCAGAACUAUGGCAGGAAAGCUCCGGAAGUCCCACAUCCCUGGGGUGAGCAUCUGGCAGCUGGUGGAGGAGAUCCCCGAAGGCUACAGCACGCCGGACUUUGAGCAGAAGCCGGUCACCUUGGCUCUGCCAGAGGGGAAGAAUGCUGUCUUUCGGGCUCUGGUCUGCGGGGAGCCAAGGCCCGAGGUGCGCUGGCAGAACUCCAAAGGGGACCUCAGUAACUCCAGCAAGUACAAGAUCUCCUCCAGCCCGGGCAGCAACGAGCAUGUGCUGCAGAUCAACAAGCUGACGGGCGAGGACACAGAUCUGUACCGCUGCACAGCAGUGAAUGUGUACGGAGAGGCUGCGUGCUCAGCAAGACUCACCGUCAUCGAAGUUGGCUUUAGGAAGAAUCGGAAGAGGCAAAAGGAACCGCAGGAAGACCUCAGGAAGGAGCUGAUGGACUUCCGGAAGUUGCUGAAAAAGAGGGCCCCACCAGCCCCUGAGAAGAAGAUCGACCUUGGGCAGGUGUGGCAGCUGCUGAUGACGGCAGACAGGAAGGACUACGAGCAGAUCUGCAUGAAGUAUGGCAUCGUCGACUACCGGGGCAUGCUGCGCAGGCUGCAAGAGAUGAAGAAGGAGCAGGAGGACAAGAUGGCACAGUACAUCAAUACCAUCACCAACUUGAGACACGUCAGGGUCACCAAGGAGGGAAUUGCAAAGUUUGACCUGGAGCUGGAUCUCAAGGAUUCUCAGAGCAAGAUUUACCUGUAUAAGGAUGGUGAGAUGAUCCCCUAUGGCUUCAACGACCAGACCAAGCACAGUCUGCGCCGGCUGGGGAAGCGCUACCAAUUCCAGAUCCAGGACCUGCAGCCCGAGGACUCUGGCAUCUACCAGGUGAAGGUGGAGGAUGCUGUGGUCUUCUCCACAGAGCUGGAGGCCAGUGCAAUCCCCCCCAGAGUGGUGGUCCCGCUGACCGAGACCCGCUGUGAGGAACAGGGUGAUGCAGUCUUCGAGUGCACCCUCUCCAGCCCCUGCCCUAGUGCAGCCUGGCAUUUCCGGCACCGGCUACUCCACCCCAGUGACAAAUAUGAAGUGCUUGUGUCCCCCGAUGGGCUGACCCACCAGCUGGUGGUGAGGGGGGCCCGUUUUUCAGACAUGGGCCCCUACUCACUGGGCACUGGGCUCCACACUUCCAGCGCCUGGCUGGUGGUUGAAGCUGGGAAGAAUAAAGACCUUCAGUCCACAAGUGCUGACCACCAACUGCAGAAGCAAGGAGCCCAGGCCUCAGGAGUAGAAGACUCCGGGAGCACCAGCAGCCAGGGAGAGAAAUUCAGAGAGCAGGGCCCUAGGGGGAGCUCCCUUGAUGGGGCUGGGCUGGCUUCCGGGCACCAGCACAUAGCCAGCCCAGACAGGGACGGCCUUGGCAGGCAUGGCUACUCCUUGAUGGGGGACAAAGGGGCAGCCAACUCAUCCUGGGGCCCUGGACAGGAGGGUGAGGGCUUUCUAGAAGCAGAGACAAGCAGAGUCACUCUUCCUAGGGAAAAUCAGCCCCGCAGAGAGGGAGGCUGGGCUGGAAACCUUGCAGGGGGGGUCCAUCUACAGGUAGAGAGCUCAGAAUCAGGGUUGGGCCUCCCAGAAAAACGACAGCAAGAUGGUGGCAGAGAUAGCAAGGGUGAUGGAUGCUGGAGGACAGCAGGAGGCUGGGAGGCUGGGUCCCGUCCGCUUCAGGCUGGAGGACUGGGGAGCAGCAGGGAAGGAAAGGAGCACGGAGGGGACAGUGGAGGACAACUGGACAGGCACUGCCAGGAGCAACUGUGGGAUGCUCGACUGGGACCUGGGAGAGGAAAGAGGGACCUGCAGGGAUGCCAGUCUGAUCCUGUAGGGCCCUGGCCAAGAGGAAAGCAGGUGGAGAAGAUUUCGCAGUAUGAUAGCCUGGCUGAGACGGAGGGAGGGGAUGCUUCGAGUAGGGAAGCCAGGAGAGGAGUCGUAGUGUGGGGUAGUGGGACUGGCCUGGGGGAAGCUGGAGGCAGCAAUGGGGCAGGAGGUCCUGGCACCCUGGAGUUUACUGGAGGGAGAGGUUCUGGCUCCAAGGCAGGCAUGGGCCCUGAAUCCUGGGGUUCCCGAGGAGGUACACUUACUGACUAUGGGGAUGCCAGGGGCUACUGGGGAUCAGGAGAGUUUCUAGGACAGACACCUGGAGGCAAGGACUUCCAGGAACCAUCAGUAUCAGGUGGUACAAAAUUCCUUCUGGGAGAUGGGAGUCCUGAGGCCAAAGCUGAAGACUCUCUGCAGGAGGCAGAUGGUCUAUACCAGGGGGAGUCCAUCGUUGGAGGAAGUGUCUACAAAACUGGCCCUGGAGGCCCAGGAGACCCCAGGGGCUGUGAAAGUGGCCUCCGGGGGCUCAGAGGAAGGGAUGGCCAGGAAAUAGCUUGGGCCUCAGGCGAGGUAGGAGAUGAGCCCAGAAGCUUCCAGUCUUCCCAGGGCUGGACAGCAGGUCACAAAGCAGAAGGUGGUGCUGGCACAAUAGACUCUAAGGGCACAAGUCCUUGGGAUGACACGCCAUCUAGCCUCGGAAAAACUGGGGUCCAAGGGCAAGAGGGUAUGGGUGGUGUCUGGGUGGCUGGACUGACAGAGUCUGGUCAGGGGGUGGAGGCCAGAAGCCAUGGGCUAAGUCGGUCUCCAGGCCUGGGUGCUCAGGGAUCUGGGGGAACACUAGGAGAUACAGAAGGAUUCAGAGGUCCUGGGUCAAUAGGGUCUGAACCAGAUUUCUGGAAUGGGUCAGGGGGCGCUGGAGUAAAAGGACCCAGAGGUGAGACAGGUUAUAAGGAUGGCUUGGAAGGUCCUGGGAGGAUGGAAUCUAGGUAUGAGAGUGGCUUAGGAUAUUCUAGGGGAAUAGGUUCUGAAAGCGGGGCUGGUUAUAGCUAUGGCUCAGGGGUGCCAGGAGAAAUGGGAUCCAGCCGUGGUGCUGGUUGUAGAGUGUCCCCUGGGGCACCUGUGGGAAUGGAGUCUGAGGAAGGGGGUGCUUACAAGCAUAGCUCCACAGUGCCCAGGGAAGUGUGGUCUGGAAACAAAGAAGAUUCUGGCCCUGCAGGAGGAGGGCCUGGGAGAGUUGCCAGUCUUAAGAAUGGCUCAGGUGGCCCUGAUGGAGCACCCAUGGGUGGAGCCAAGAAUUGGGCCUCUGCAUGCCAGGGUGGCAUGGGCCCUGGGGGAGGGCACCAUUCAGAUGGCCCCCUAGGGAGUCCUGGGAUGGUGGGGUCUGUGGGUAGAGGUGGUUUCAAGGCCCCUGGAGCACUGGAGACUGUUGGGACUCGAAGUGUGGAAGCAGACCCAGGGAGCUCCGGAAGAAUAAGGCCUUGGGGUCAGACUGGUAAUUAUGGGGGCUUCAGGGCCUCAGAGGACCUGGGGGCCUUUGGAGAAGGGGGCUAUGAAGAUGGCUCUGGGGGUCCAGGAGCCAUGGAGCCGGGGUCUCUGAGGGCAGGGAGCAAAGUGGGUGAGAGGGAUGGGACAAGAUACCCUGGUGCCAGGGCCUCUGGAGCUGGAGCUACUUAUAGGGACGAUACCAGGGACCGUGAGGCACUCACGCCUCACAUCGGGGCUGCUUCUGAGAGCCAGUGGGCUUAUGGGGCUGGCAGUGUGCGGGGUGAUGAGGAUGGAUCAGAACAUCCAGGGGCUCAGGGAACUGGGGUCAGAGCAGCAUAUGGAGGAGGGUCAAGGGGCCUGGGGCCUAGAAGUACAGGGCCAGGGGCUGAGGCAGGCUUUAGAGAUGGUUCAGGGGGCGUCCAAGGAAUGGGAUCAGCAGGUGGGCCAGGUUGUAGGAAAGGUAUUGGGAGUUCUGGGGAAAUGGGGUCAGUGGAUAAGGAAGGUUAUAGGAAAGAUUUGGGGGCUCCUGAGAAUAUGGGUUCGGGGAGCAAGGCUGCUUAUAGGGAUGGUGUAGGGGGUUCUGGGGAAAUGGGGUCAAUGGAUGAAGCAGAUUAUAGGAAAUAUUUAGGGGCUCCUGAGGGAAUGGGUUCAGGGAGCAAGGCAGAUUAUAGGGGUGGUUUAAAGGGUUCCAGGGAAAUGGGAUCAGUGGCUGAAGCAGAUCAUAGGAAAGAUUUGGGGGUUCCUGAGGGAAUGGGCACAGGUUAUAGGGGUGGUUUAAGGGGUUCUGGGGAGAUGGGGUCAGGCUAUAGGGAGGAUCUGGGGGCUCCUGAGGGAAUGGGCACAGGGAGCAAGACAGGUUACAGGGGGGGUUUAAGGGGUUCUGGGGAACUGAGGUCAAUUGAUGAGGCAGGCUAUAGGAAGGAUUUGGGUUUUUCUGAGGGAGUGGGUUCAGGGAGCAAGGCAGGUUAUAGGGGUGGCUUAAGGGGUUCUGGGGAAAUGGAGUCAGUGAAUGAGGAAGGUUAUAGGAAGGAUCUGGGGGCUCCUGAGGGAAUGGGCUCAGGGAGUAAGGCAGGUUUUAGGGAUGGUUUAGGGGGCUCUGGGGAGAUGGAGUCAGUGGAUGAGGCACGUUAUAGGAAGGAUUUGGGGGCUCCUGAGGGAAUGGGUUCAGGAAGUUACACAGAUUAUAAGAAUGGUGUAAGUGGUUCUGGAAAAAUCAGUUCAGGAGGGGAAGCAGGUUAUAGGAAUGUUUUAGGGGGUUCUGGGAGGAUUCCGUCAGGAAGUGAGGCAGGUUCUAGGCGAGGCUUUGGGGGAACUGAUGGCAUGGCAUCAGGGGGUGAGGUCAGUUAUAGGGGAGGCUCAGGAGGAUCUGGGGAAAUGGGGCCAGGGGGUGAGAUGGGUUGUGGAGAUGGCUCAGGGAGUCUUGGAGUGCCAGGCUCACUGGCAGGAACAGGACGUCAGGCUAGACCCAGAGGUCACGAAGCCAUGGGGCACAGGUCAGGAUAUUGGGUAACAUCAGAGGGUGGCACAAGCUCCAAGGAUGGUCCAGAGAUAGCCAGAGGAACAGGGCUUGUGGAUGGGGCAGGACCUGGGGUGGAGUCUAUGGCUGGAAUGGCGGGCGCGGCAAGUGGCACAGCACACAGAGACAGGGGCCUGGGGGUGCUGGGUUCUCAGGGAGGGCCACAGGCUCUUUCAGAUGGGCGAGGCUCCACCAAGGGUCUUGGGGGCUACAGAACCUCAAGGAUCCCUGAGGCUGAGAAGGCUGCUGAUACCAAGGGAAAAUCAGAUGUCAAAGAGUGGCAAGAUAGUUCUGGGACUCCAGCGUCUUCUAGGGACAAAGGGGCUCCCAAGGCGAAGGAUAGAUCUCUAGACCACACAGGGAUUAUAGGGGCUUCUGGGUUUCUUGAUGGCAACGGGGCAGUGGAAGGUGAGACUUGGGCAGGAAUGGCUGCUCUGGGGUCUGGAUAUGAACAGGACAUCUGGAAAGCAGGCCCAGGAAUGACAGACAGGGGUAGAGUUGCUGGCUGGGGGGGAUCAGCAUCUCAGGGAGAUGGGGACUCACUUUUGGGAGGCAGAAGGAUGGGAGCAGGCUCACAGAGCUCAGCAGGGACAGGCCAGGAUCUGGACAGCAGCUCUAUGCCUGGGGAAAGGGGCAAGAUGACAUCAGGGCCUGCUGACAGCCAACGGAUGAGCAAUGCCUGGGCUCCCGAUUGGGAAGACCAGGCGUUGGGCCGAGGAAGCACAGGUGCUGGGAAGCAGCCAACAGGCUCCAGGGCUUCCAGUUCUCUGCAGGAGAAAGACAUUGCUUUUGGUAGGACCCAGGAAGGGCCAGGGGGCUUUAAGGGCAGGGAGGGUGCACCAGGCCAAGAGGUGGCUGGUGGAUGCCAAAGCCCAUGGUCCCCGGAUAGCAAAAGUUCAAGUCCUGGAAGGGGCAGGUCUGGUGGCACAGAGGACUCAGGUAUCCUGGGCAAAGGGAAUUCUACUGAGUUGGGGAAUGUCUUCACCCCAAAACCUGGGGAGUCAGGUCCUCAGGGAGCCUGGCAUGGCUUAGAUGGUCCCUUUGGCAGAAAAGCCUCUGGAGAUGGGUCAGGAGGGACCCAGGGUCUGAGCUCUCAGCUAGACAAGGGACAGAGAGGAGGAAAGAGGGGGCCCUUGGGGUCCCUGAAGGCUGAGAAUGGUGAGGCCCAGGGUCCUGGGGCCCUAAAGGAGGAUGAGAGGCAGGGAGCAGAAGAGGCUGGGAGGUCAGGCAGGAGGCCUGGCUCACUCAGGGGCAGGUCUCAGGCACAGUCAGGGGCUGAGGUUGGAGGAACAAAGAGAAGGGGAGCAGACAGGGUCGGAAGCAGGGGGCAGCCACCAGUUGGGGAGACCUGGGGCUGCCAAGAUGAGAUGCUGAAUGAAGACCAGAGCUGGGAGUCCCCCGGUCACCUUGGUAGCAAGGGAGGUGGCAAAGACGGCAGGUUGGACGUCUGUGGAGAGAAGAGAGAUGCUACCCAGAGUUCCACAUCCAGAUGCAAGCCUGGCACUGGCAGGCUCUCCAAGGAGGCCCGAAGCCCCAUGGGCCACUUCUCCCAGGGCCUGGCUGACAUGGAGGUGCAGCAGGGAGAGGCUACCACACUCUCCUGUACCCUCACCAGCGACCUGGGACCCGGCACCUGGUUUAAGGAUGGAGUCAAGCUCACCACCCAGGAUGGAGUCAUCUUUGAGCAAGACGGUCUUGUGCGCCGACUCUUCAUCGCACAUGCACAAGGGACCCAAGCCGGGAGGUACACCUUUGUAGCCGGCGACCAGCAGAGCGAGGCCACCCUGACUGUCCAGGAUGCCCCCACUAUUGCUCCAGAGGUGACAGAGAAACUGAGAGAGCCACUGGUGGUCAAGGCUGGGAAGCUGGUGACAGUGAAGAUCCCCUUCCAGAGCCACCUCCCCAUUCAGGCUGCCUGGUGGAAGGACGGGGCCGAGGUGGUGGGCAGUGGUGAGAGGGAGGCCCAGGUGGACCUGGGGGAUGGCUACUCACGGCUGUGCCUCCCCAGCGCAGGCAGGAAGGACUGUGGCCAGUACAGUGUGACGCUGAGGAGCAAGGGAGGCUCCGUGCAGGCUGAGUUCACCCUGCAAGUCAUAGAUAAGCCUGAUCUCCCACAAGGCCCCCUGGAGGUUCAGGAUUGCCACAAGGCUGGUGUCUGCCUUCGCUGGCUGCCCCCAAAGGAUGAUGGGGGCCGGCCUGUAGAGCGCUACGUGGUGGAGAGACAGCAGGCAGGCAGGAGCACUUGGCUGCAGGUGGGCCAGGCCCCCGCUGACAGCACCACCUUCACGGAUGCCCACGUGGAGCCGGGCAGGAAGUACACCUUCCGAGUGCGGGCUGUGACCUCGGAGGGCGCUGGCGAGGCCCUGGAGUCCGAGGAGACAUUGGUGGCUCCUGAGGCUCUCCCCAAGGCUCCUUCCGCACCAGCCAUCCUGUCAGCCUCCAGCCAGGGCAUUACACUAACAUGGACGGCACCUCGGGGCCCUGGCAGCGCCCACAUCCUGGGCUACCUGAUUGAGAGGCGUAAGAAGGGCAGCAAUACCUGGACAGCAGUGAACGACCAGCCUGUGCCUGAGAGGAAGUGGACGGUGGUGGACGUGCAGCAGGGCUGUCAGUACGAGUUCCGGGUCACAGCUGUGGCUCCCUCCGGCCCCGGAGAGCCUGGGCCCCCAUCAGAUGCCGUCUUUGCUCGGGACCCCAUGAGACCUCCUGGGCCAGUACGGAAUCUCCAAGUCACAGACACAUCAAACACCAGCGUCACCCUGAGCUGGGCCGGGCCAGACACCCAGGACGGGGAUGAAGCCCAGGGAUACGUGGUGGAGCUGUGCGGCUCAGACAGCCUCCAAUGGCUCCCGUGCCAUGCGGGCACCGUGCCAGCCACCACCUACACAGCCAAGGGGCUUCGGCCCAGAGAGGGCUACUUCGUGCGGGUGACAGCAGUUAAUGAAGGAGGCCAGAGCCAGCCCACUGCCCUGGACACACUGGUGCAAACCAUGCCCAUUACUGUCUGUCCCAAGUUCCUCAUGGACGCCAGUACCAAGGACUUGCUGACGGUCAAGGUUGGGGACACUGUCCGUGUGCCUCUCUCCUUUGAAGCUGUGCCCAUGCCUGAGGUGACCUGGCUGAAGGAUGGCUUGCCCUUGCCCAAAAGAAGUGUGACCAUCACCAAGGAUGGCCUCACCCAGCUUCUGAUCCCUGUAGCAAGCCUCUCGGACAGCGGUCUCUACACUGUGGUGCUGAGGACCCCACAGGGGAAGGAGGUUGCCCACAGCUUCCGCAUCAGGGUGGCAGCAUGCCCGCAGGCGCCUGGGCCCAUCCACCUGCAGGAGAACGUGCUUGGGACGGUCACUGCCGAGUGGGAGCCCUCUCCAGACGAGGCCCAGGGUGUCCCUCUGUACUACGCGGUACUCACGCGCUCCUCUGCGCACGGCCCCUGGCGCGAGGUGGCCGACCGUGUCCACACAAACCGCUUCACCCUCCUGGGCGUCGUCCCCGGCCAUGAGUACUACUUCAGGGUGGUGGCCAAGAAUGAGCUGGGGACCAGCAAACCCUCGGAGACCAGCCAGCCCUGGUGCAUCCCCCGGCAGCGCAACAGGUUCACAGUGAAGGCUCCGAGCUACCAGGAGCCCGAUCUGAGCCAGAAGCCCCGGUUCCUGGUGGGUCUGCGGUCCCACCUGCUGCCCCAGGGCUGUGAGUGCUGCAUGAGCUGCGCGGUGCAGGGCUCGCCCCGGCCCCAUGUCACCUGGUUCAAGAACGACCGAAGCCUGGAAGGAAGCCCCGGGGUGUACAGCACCGACCUGCUCGGCGUGUGCUCCCUCACCAUCCCCAGCGUGUCCCCGAAGGACAGCGGCGAGUACAAGGCUGUGGCCGAGAACACGCUGGGCCAGGCGGUCAGCACGGCCACCCUCAUUGUCAUAGAAUCCAGCUCCUAGCUCCACCUCACCCUGGGAUGGUCCUGGACCCUCCGAGCUUCACUUCUGCCACCUGCCCUGGCCCAGGAAGCCAGUCCCAAAGUUUGGAGGCCAUGUCCAGAGCCCCAGGAAGACGGAAGUGAGAAGACUCCUGGUGAGGUUUUGGCCAGGAGGACAUGAAGUCCUUGGGGAAGAAAAACAAGGCGGGAGGGCAUUCCGCCUCCUGGCUCCAAGCUGUCACUCAACAAUGACAGCAGACCUCCUGGACCCUCACCAUAUGGGUUUCUUUCUUCUUCGCUUCAGGAGAUCCAGAGGGCACCUCCCUGCAGGAUGGGCCAGCUCCUUAUUUUCUGGGCUGAGCACCUUGGAGGGAGGGUGGGCACAGAUGGGCCUGCUGUGACCCCAAGGAAGAAAGAGGAGAGGAGGUUAGAGGACCUGGGUGAGGACUAGGGCACCGAGGGCAUGUGUGUGGGUGGGCACAGGGGUGUGGCAUGUUCUCUCUGUACUUUUCGUCAUUAAAACAUUAGGCUAAUA